ACUCGGGGGCCCCGACCGCCGCGUCUGGCCAGCCCCACCCCAGCCGCUUCUCGGUCCUUCGCCUCCAGAGGCGCGGAGCUUCCUUCUCCCUUAUCCCCCUUUCCCUGGGCUUCCUAUCUUCUGGGCUGAGCGCUCGCCGCUUCCUCCUAGCCCCCAGCCCGAUCCGCCUCCCAGGCCUCCUUGCCCAGGCCUUCCCUUCUCCGGGUCCCUUCCUCGGCCUGGGCCUUCGGGCUCUCCACCUUCCUUACCCCCGGUCCCUUCCCCUUCCCCACCCGGAGCCAUGUCCUCCGCCGCUCGUUUCGAUUCGUCGGACCGCUCCAGCUGGUACGUGGGCCCGUUGUCUCGGGUGGAGGCGCAGUCGCGGUUGCAGGGGCAGCGGCAUGGCAUGUUCCUGGUGCGGGACUCGUCCACCUGCCCGGGGGACUACGUGCUCUCGGUGUCCGAGAACUCCCGGGUUUCCCACUACAUCAUUAACUCAUUGCCCAACCGCCGCUUUAAGAUCGGUGACCAAGAGUUUGAGCACCUGCCCGCCCUGCUGGAGUUCUACAAGAUCCACUACCUGGACACCACCACCCUCAUCGAGCCUGCGCCCAGGUAUCCAAGUCCAUCAGUGGGAUCUGGAUCUGCCCCUGCUAUGUCCACUGCAGAAGAAAAUGUGGAGUAUGUUCGGACUCUCUAUGACUUUCCUGGCAAUGAUGCUGAGGAUCUUCCAUUUAAAAAGGGCGAGAUACUGGUAAUUGUAGAGAAGCCAGAAGAACAGUGGUGGAGCGCCAGAAACAAGGAUGGUCGGAUUGGGAUGAUUCCUGUUCCUUAUGUAGAAAAGCUAAUCAGAUCUCACGGGAAGCAUGGAAACAGGAAUUCCAACAGUUACGGUAUUCCAGAACCUGCCCAUGCUUAUGCUCAGCCUCAAACCGCAAGUCCCCUUCCCUCAGUAUCCAGUACACCUGGAGCAGUGAUCAAUCCUCUGCCAUCAACACAGAACGGACCGGUCUAUGCCAAAGCUAUCCAAAAGAGAGUACCCUGUGCUUAUGACAAGACUGCGCUGGCAUUAGAGGUUGGAGAUAUUGUGAAGGUUACAAGGAUGAAUAUAAACGGUCAGUGGGAAGGAGAAGUCAACGGUCGAAAAGGGCUCUUCCCAUUCACGCAUGUCAAAAUAUUUGACCCUCAAAACCCAGAUGAGAACGAAUGAUUCCUUCUACCCGAUUUACACUGCUGCUUCAUUUUCCUGGCUAUCAUUAGCAUUGUUUGAGGUGGGAUGAUGACUUAAUGGCACAUUGCUAGCAUUGCCCAUUUUCCAGCUUGAUGCAGUUUGACUGUUCUUUUAAUAUACAUUUGGAAUACAUACAACUGAAGUCACUGCCUGACCUUCAUACCAUAGUUGCAUCAUCCAGAAUUUAGUUUCACUUUUAAAACUAUUGGGCCUUAAGCUGGAGAAGACUGAACCAGUCUAUAGCAGAGAAGUAUGGGAAGAAAACCUUUCCUGUUGAGACUUCCAUGGACUUUUUCUGGCUUGCUCAGUAGGAAGAGCCCUAAUCUUAGAUCAAACAUGCAACUUGUGCAUUACUGUCCAACAAAAAAGCAACAACAAAAAUGCAAUUUUAGGACUGAAGACAACUUAGUUUUAAGAGAACCUGUCCUAAGGUAGUACAUUUAAAAUGAUGGUCUCUUUAAAGGAUAAUAAUUGAAGCUUAUGUAUUCUAAGCAGUUGUAUUAGAAGCUGCUCUUUUCUGUUAACUCUUAAGCUUGUUGUUGACUUUCCUUGAAACAGUGUGUGUUAAAUGCAAAUAACCAUUGAUUGAGCUGCAUUGAAGCUGAGGCAUUUAUUUAUAAGGAAACUUAGGAGGGGUUGAUACUUGUAACCUGGUUUUUACCUACUUAAUGCAUUUCUGUUGAUUUUUGCAAGCACUAACUGUGGAAAGCGAGCUUUAAAGGGAAACAUUUGGCCUGGUCUACAUACAGCUCUUCUGCAGUGUUGAAAGUGUAGUGUUACUAGUAUAGAAGUGCUCGUCACCAAGCUGUUACUUGGUAGACAGAUUGAUCAGAUUGGCAUGGUGUGGAGAGGCAGGAGAGGAGUGGGAUAGCGGACCUUGGUAAAUACUGAGAAAAUCCUCUUAUUUAAACAUACGCCUUUUAUACCCAUUUCUCCAUAGGCUCCCUUAUCUCUCCCAAGUUUCCUAGCUACACUAGCCCCAGCUUGUUGAAAGCUCCUUUUCAAACACAGUACCUUUUUUUCUCGGGUGUCUCCAUGUUGCUGUGCUUCUUCUCCAGAGCUGCUUUCAUCUUCUUUUUUCCGCCCUCUUUUUCCUUGCUUGCAUCCCAAGUCCUCUGCAUGCUGCCAUCUUUUUUCUUUUGCCCUUCCAAAUGAGUUGGCUCUGGUUUAUAUAUGCCCCAGAUCCCUCCCCCUCCCAGCAUCCUCUAAAAAAUGGUUAAUUGGAGUCAGCUGCCUGGGUUCCCCCAUGUGAUAAAUUAAUGCUCAGGCUGGAGGAGGCCACAAAGGUGUCUGUUACCAGUAUAGCUUCUUUCCCUUCUUCUGUAUAUAAGCUAUACUGCUGUAAUUGUACUUACAGUAGGGAACUAUAUAGCUGCAGCUAAGUAAGUCCAGCUCGUACCAUGCAGGCUAAGUCCUUAGCCUGUGUACAGGAUAUGAACGCUUAGGUACAGUGGAAUCCUGUGCCGCCGCCU